AUGGACAUCGUCUCCAGAACACCCGACGAAGUAAAAGCCGAAGCGGCUCGGUUCGUCCGCGAAGCAUGGGGUUUGCAAGGCGCAGCCUACAUCGUUGUGAUCCUCCGAUACUUUAGCAGAAUCCGGCAAUUAGGCUGGCGAAAGCUAGCUCUGGAUGACUUUUUUAUGUUUGGCGCUUUGCUCUCCUACACAGCCGAAACGACCCUCGCCCACUUCCUCGUAACAACCUGGCACGGUCUCGCCAACAACGCCAUGACAGAACAAGAACGCAUCCUCCUGGACCCCCAAAGCGAAGAAUACCGCCUGCGCAUCAUCGGUUCCAAAGCGCACGUUGCCGGUCUCCUGCUGUAUACCACGCUCCUCUGGCUCUUGAAAGCGUGUUGGUCCGUCUACUACGCCCGUCUAACCGUGGGCGUCCACAACAUGCGCAACUGGAUUAUCGGCGCUUACAUCAUGAUGCCAGCGACUUACAUGGCGUGCGUGUGCGUGGCCGUGUUCAAGUGCGUCCCCUUCGAGAAGCAGUGGCAGAUAUAUCCGGAUCCUGGAAAUAAUUGCACGCCGGCGGUGAGCGUGGUGCAGACGGUGUUUGUGAUGGUGAUGAAUACCAUUACCGACUUUUACCUGCUGGCGAUUCCGUUGCCGAUGGUGUGGAAGAGUAAUUUGACGUGGAGGAAAAAGUUCUUUUUGCUGCUGAUGUUUUCGGGCGGGUUCAUCGAGAUGGCGUUUGGGAUUCUGAGGUGCGUGUGUAUUUUGACGUUGGGCGAUACGGAUCCGGCGCAGAGCGGGUAUUGGUCUGUUAGGGAGAGUUUUGUCAGUUUUGUGUUGACGAAUAUGCCUAUGGUUUAUCCGUUGGUUAGGAGGUUUUUGGAGAAGAGCAUCAUUUCGCUGAGCGGAGGGACGUCAGGGAAUCACAAGGCUGGUGUAUCGGGACAACAUGGAUUUCCGCUGGGUAGCAAUCCCGGUAGUCACAUAGGGAAGGGAGGGCCGAGGAGCAGGGUUGUGAUUAGCAAGGCCAGCAGACACCCGUUGACUGUGGGGAACGAUACGAUAUGGGGAAGCGAGGAGAAUAUCGUCACCUCGGAUGAUGGAAAGACGGUGGGAGGAAGUGGAAGCUCGACGGCGAGCAGCAAGGAUAUUGCUACGAUGGGUGUGAUGCCGCAGGGCAGUGGAGGAGGACAUAGAAGGACGACGUCUGCGGAAAGAGGGGCGGGCUUGAUUCAGCCGCAGAACUCGGGAGGGAGCGGGAAAAGGGGGAAGCAAAAUGGGAUUAUUGUUACACAUGAGGUUACGGUGACAGAGGAUAGACAGGACGUGUCGACGGCAAGGAGGUGGUAG